AUGUUCGCCCGAAACUUCGAUGCAAAGCACUACCACGACCCGCUGUUCGGUCCGUACGACCCGAAUCGGCACUACACACACGUGCGCUACUUCGAGGUGGGCAAGGUGGACUUUGAGCAUGUGCAGGCGCCGUUCGUGAUCGGCUGCUGGAUCCUGAUCGCCGGCCUGGCUAAGAUGGCGUUUCACAGUGUGCCUCACAUGUCGCGGAUGGUGCCGGAGUCGUGCCUGCUCAUCGGACUCGGCAUCGGGGUCGGCGCACUGCUGUACGUGUGCCUGGGCGACAUCGAGGCUUCGCAUCACUUGGACCCGGACACGUUCUUCCUCUACAUGUUGCCGCCCAUCAUCCUCGACGCUGGCUACUUCAUGCCCAAUCGGCUCUUCUUCGACAACCUGGGCACGAUCCUGCUGAUGGCCGUGGUCGGCACUAUCUUCAGCACGUUCGCGAUCGCCGGCGGCCUGUACCUGGUGGGCAUGACGGGUGUGUACGGCGUGGAGACGUCGCUGCUGGACAUCCUGCUGUUUUCGGCGCUCAUCUCUGCCGUGGACCCGGUGGCCGUGCUCGCUGUGUUCGAGGAGAUCCAGGUGAAUGAUGUGCUAUACAUCGUCGUGUUCGGCGAGAGCCUGCUGAACGACGCCGUCACGGUCGGCCUGUACCAUAUGUUCGAGGAGUACAUGAUUCUCGGUCACAGCGCCUUCCGGAUGACGGACAUCGGCAAGGGGUUCGUCAAGUUCGCCUCGGCGGCUGUAGGCGGCACGUUCAUCGGGGUGGUGUGGGGUUUUGUUACCGCCUUCCUCACUCGCUUCACGGACAAGGCUCGUGUAAUGGAGCCCAUCUUUGUGUUCACCAUGCCGUUCUUGGCGUACCUGAACGCCGAGAUCUUCCAUCUUUCCGGCAUUCUGUCCAUCACUUUCUGCGGUCUGACGAUGAAGAACUAUGUCAUUACGAACGUAUCCACUAAGUCGCACACUACGAUCAAGUACAUGAUGAAGAUGCUGGCCUCUUGCUCGGAAACGGCAAUCUUCAUGUUGCUGGGAGUGGCCACCGUGCAUAACCACCACGACUGGAACCUGGCCUUUGUACUGGCCACCAUCCUCUUCUGUGUUGUCUUCCGUUCGAUAAGUGUAGUCGUGUUGACCGCCUUUGCCAACCGUUUGCGUCUGCGUCCGAUCGCCGCCGUUGACGUGUUCGUGAUGGCGUACGGCGGCCUGCGCGGGGCCGUCGCCUUCGCCCUCGUCAUGCUCAUCGAUCCGCACUUGGUGAAGGAACAGCAGAUGUUCCUCACCACCACCAUCUCCGUCGUGUACUUCACCGUGUUCGUGCAGGGCAUGACCAUCAAGCCUCUGGUGAAGCGGCUGGGUGUCGAGCGCGCGAACAAGCGGAAGCUAACAAUGAACGAGCGAAUCCACGAGCGGACGCUGGACCACCUGAAGGCUGGCGUCGAGAACAUCGUCGGCCACCCCUUGACGUACAACGUGCGCCACCGUUUCAAACAGUUCAACCACCAGUACCUGCUCCCGUGCUUGACGCGCGGACACCACAACCGCGCGCGCGAUCCCAAGAUCAUGGAGACGUUCAGCAGGCUGGUCAUGAUGGACGCCAUGCAGAACUACAACGACGUGACCAACAUGGGCCAGAGCAGCCAGCGGCUGACCGCCAGCUCCUCGCUGUCCGUGUCGGACGCGGCCAGCGGCAGCCCGGCGCUGGCGCCGCCCGCGCAGCGUCGCUUCAGCUACCGCCGUCACGUCACGCAGGACGCGCAGCUGCCCAACCCCGUGCUGAGCGCGCGAGACCAGGUGCACAUGGCGCAGGACAUGGACGCGCGCCUGCUGCUUUGGCUGACUGUACAGCCGGCUGUGGGCUGGCUGUAG